UGCAUUUUCAAGCCAUAGAUCCAUUAAAGCGAGUAUGAGCGACACGGAAGAAUCGACCAAGGGCGUGACGUACGAGGAGCGCGUCAAGCACGUGAGCGUGAUCGCGCAGCCUCUGGCGGUGAAGAAGCUCACCAAGAAGCUGUACAAACUCGUCAAAAAGUCCACCAAGGUCAAGUGCACGAAGCGAGGGGUGAAGGAAGUGGUCAAGGCCAUUCGCAAGGGCGAAAAGGGGCUGUGUGUGAUUGCCGGUGAUAUUUCGCCCAUCGACGUCAUCUCCCACAUUCCCGUGCUGUGCGAAAGCAACGACAUCGCGUACGUAUUCACGCCGUCCAAGGUCGACCUGGGCGCGUCGGCGUCGUCGAAGCGCCCCACUAGCUGCAUCAUGAUCACCCCCGGCAAGCACGGGUUCAACGUCCAAGAAUCGUACGACGAACUCUUGGUAGAAGUCAAGAAAAUUCAGCCCACCUAUUAGUUAUGUAGUCUAUCCUUUGUUAACAAUAUAUUCCAACGAAAAUACAGAAACCUCAAGAGCUCCA